AAGUUAGUGAAAAUUUUGAGAAUGUCACGUCAUCUCCUCAAUAUUCUACAUUCCUAGAACAUAUCAUCCCUCGAUUCCUUACAUUUCUUCAAGAUGGAGAAGUUCAGUUUCUUCAGGAGAAACCAGCACAGCAACUGCGGAAGCUAGUACUUGAAAUAAUUCAUAGAAUACCAACCAACGAACAUCUUCGUCCUCACACAAAAAAUGUUUUGUCUGUGAUGUUUCGCUUUUUAGAGACGGAAAAUGAAGAAAAUGUUCUUAUUUGUCUAAGAAUAAUUAUUGAGCUACACAAACAGUUCAGGCCACCGAUCACACAAGAAAUUCAUCAUUUUCUGGAUUUCGUGAAACAGAUUUACAAGGAGCUUCCAAAAGUAGUGAACCGCUACUUUGAGAACCCUCAAGUGAUCCCCGAGAACACAGUGCCUCCCCCAGAAAUGGUUGGUAUGAUAACGACAAUUGCUGUGAAAGUCAACCCGGAGCGUGAGGACAGCGAGACUCGAACACAUUCCAUCAUUCCGAGGGGAUCACUUUCUCUGAAAGUGUUGGCAGAAUUGCCCAUCAUUGUUGUUUUAAUGUAUCAGCUCUACAAACUGAACAUCCACAAUGUUGUUGCUGAGUUUGUGCCCUUGAUCAUGAACACCAUUGCCAUUCAGGUGUCUGCACAAGCCAGGCAACAUAAGCUUUACAACAAGGAGUUGUACGCUGACUUCAUUGCUGCUCAGAUUAAAACAUUGUCAUUUUUAGCUUACAUCAUCAGGAUUUACCAGGAGUUGGUGACUAAGUAUUCUCAGCAGAUGGUGAAAGGAAUGCUCCAGUUACUUUCAAAUUGUCCGCAGAGACUGCACACCUCAGAAAGGAGCUUCUGAUUGCUGCCAAAACACAUCCUCACCACAGAGCUGAGAAACCAGUUCAUUCCUUGCAUGGACAAGCUGUUUGAUGAAUCCAUACUAAUUGGCUCAGGAUAUACUGCCCGAGAGACUCUAAGGCCCCUCGCCUACAGCACACUGGCUGACCUCGUGCACCAUGUCCGCCAGCACCUGCCCCUCAGCGACCUCUCCCUCGCGGUCCAGCUCUUCGCCAAGAACAUCGACGAUGAGUCCCUGCCCAGCAGCAUCCAGACCAUGUCCUGCAAGCUCCUGCUGAACCUGGUGGACUGCAUCCGUUCCAAGAGCGAGCAGGAGAGCGGCAAUGGGAGAGACGUCCUGAUGCGGAUGCU